AUGGAGCCUGAAAAGCCCUUUGCAUGUUCUAUGCCGGAUUGUGGGAUGACGUUUACAAACGAAGAUCAUCUCCAUGUACAUACGAAAAAACAUGAUAUGGUAUUGCAGCUUGGCUUGGAGCAAAAGGCAGCAUUUGUGGCUGAUCAGACUCCAACCCCUACUCGCUUCAUUAGAAAUUGUGAGGAAGUUGGGCUAUUUCAAGACUUACAAAAUGUCAAUCCAUUUGAUGAAGGCUUUAAACGGGCGAUGGAAACUAAGCAUGGAAUUUCAUCACUGGAAGGGGCUAAUGUGGCCACCACAUCAGAUGAUGUUCUACAUACCCCACAUUUAGUAUUCCCAAUCAUCGAUUCUGGGGACUGUGCAUUAUUUAGCACUACCAAUAAUCAGAGGAAUAUUACAAUAAGCAGAUCAUCUAGCGAUGAAUCCGGAGCGGUUAAAGAAUACGAAACCACAACGAUAUCAAAAUUAACAAACGAAGUCACUACAAUAAGCAGAGUGGUUGGCAAGCAGGAUGUAUUAGACAGAGUCACAACAACAGAUGAUGUUUCCAUAGUUAGACAUGAAGAAACAGCCCGAAAUAAGGAUGGUGUUAACGAAACUUCAGUGUCUUACACUAAUAAUAUCAUAAAAAUACACAGUAAUGUAGAAAUUAGAAAAGACGGUAGUGUUGUUAAUAUAGAAAACUCAAAAAAUACACAAGUUCCUGUGACAAUGAUAUCGUAUACGGAUUCAGUUAUCAAAGACGCAACUAAUGUAGUGUCAAAAGAUGUUUUGCUAACAGACACAAAUAAAUUACACGUAACACAAGGAAAAAUUCCGCCUAUAAUGAGUCAGAAGUCAUUAGAUUUUGUAGUGGAUAGUCUUACUUCAGAUGCAUGUCACACCGAAUCAACAGUUGAUAAAGAUAAAGAACAAUUACAUAAAACUCUUAAAAGAAACUAUGAUAAUGCUAACAAAACCGGUGCCUCAGUAUUAGAUAAACCUAAACCUGGUGUAAAUAAUAUUAAGAAAGAAUUAAAUGGUAAAAGUAAAGAAAUCAAUAUAAAAGAUUUAAAGGACAAUGAUUAUGAAGUUAUCAUAAAACUACCAAAUGGCAAGCAUGUACGAAUGAAAGCUGUUGAAGAAGAUGCAACACCUGAGAAAACAGUGCAAACAGAUACUAAAGAGAAACUUAAAAAAGUGUUAACCAACAAAGUCAAAGAUACGUCACAUUUUAAAUCUCCCACCUUUCAAAGACUGUCGAGUAUACAGAAUGCCCAAACAGUACAAAAUAUAUUACCUAUUUCUACAGGUACAUUGAUACCCGUGACAAUAAUUAGUCCUGUAAAUACAAUCUUACAGCAAAGUCCUAUGGCGAAAAUUUCUGUCGUGCCAAUAAAUACUGUGAAACUAAAAAAGCCAGAUAACUAUAAGGCAGUAAAAAGAAAACCGAGAAAAGAUUCUAAUAAUAAAACUAAGCAACAUAUAAUUAUAAAUAAUAAAAACAGUGAAAUAAACAAAUCUGAAGCUAAUACAGAAACAACAUCAAGAGAAAGCCAGAAUAACUCUAUUCUAACUGACGACGACUGUGUGAUAAUAGAAAAUAAUAAUAAUACACAAACGCCGGGAAGAGGGUCUCCUUCGAAACAUUACUUAGAAAGUAGAAGCGCUGCAUCCAGGCGAUACAGGGAACGUUUAAAAGAAACCAUGAGGCGCCAAAGCGAGGAAAAUAGGCAGUUAAGAGAGAGCAACAAAAGACUGACAGCGGAGAAGGCGGAGUUGAAACUUAUAAUAACAGAGCACCUUAAGAAAUGUCCGAUUGGAGAUGAUCUUAGAGAAAUUCAACAGAGGCUGAAGAACACCAGCGCAGUGUGA